AUGACAAAUAAACUUGCCUCACCCAGUGUUGAUCAAAGGAGAGAAGUAAUUGGCACCAAGCAACAUAAGAGUGUUGAAAAUGUGCGAGCUUGUAGAAAUGAGGAUUUGGUUAAACUACAUAUGGAAGACACACAAUCUGGCAAGGGUGAAUGUCUUGAUGGUGAUACAACUGCUAUAUCAGAGAAACUUUGGGAAAAUUUGCUUGAGGAUGUUGUCUCCAUUAAUAAUGGGUUUUUUAUUUUUAAAGUAAAAAGUGAAGAGGCUAUAGACGAAAUUUUGGAAGAUGGCCCCUAUUACGUUGGGGCUAGAUUGAUUGUUGUUAAAAAAUGGCAACCUGGACUAAAACUAACAAAGUGUGAAUUUCCGAGUGUGCCGUUAUGGGUGAAGUUGUAUAAUGUUUCUUUGGAGCUUUGGACUGAAGAAGGUUUAGGUUACAUUGCUAGCAUCAUGGGAACUCCUCUUUAUUUGGAUGAGCCUACGUUCAAGAGAAACAGACUUACGUUUGCAAGAAUAUGUAUUGAAGUGUCAGCAAAUAAAGAGAUCCCUGAGUCUUUCAAAAUAAAUCUUUGUUAUGGUGACCCAUAUGAGAUUCAAGUUGAGGUUCUAUGGAAGCCUCAAAGGUGUGAUGUUUGUAAGACUUUUGGUCAUACCACUAAUUUGUGCCCUCAGAAGCCAAAGACUUUGAACCCUCCAUCUUCCAACCAAGAGUGGAGAGUCAAGGAGACUAACAUACAAGUUCCAACUAAGAGGGAAGUGGUGAAGAAAAAAGGGAGAGAUGAUGGGCAAGGUUCAACGACAGUGAUAAACAAAGAAGGAGAGAUGCAGCGUUUCACUCCAUCAACAUCUAAUGCUUUUGAUGUCCUUGAAUCAUGUGAUAUGGGAGAGUUAGGGAAUGGAGAAUUAAAUCAAGAGUUGUUGUGUCAAACGAAGAGCCUAAAAAGUAGAGGGAGUCCAUCUCCAAGUGAUCCCAUUAAUGGGGAGACUACAGAGGAGGAUAACAGAAGAAAACUCAAAGUGAAACUUCAUUACUUGAAGAGUGCUAGAGGGAAAUUUUGA